GGUGUGGGGAUGCCGAUCGGGCGGCGAGAGAAGAGAAGGGGGAAGAGGAAAAGGACAAGACCUUGUGGAGGAGAGAGACCGUGGGCAAGAUGAAAGAGCGGGGCGUUGCGCUUGUGGUCGGCAGCGAGUCGCCCGUCCUCUCACACCAUUAAAUGCUGGGGUGUGCAGCCAACCGAUCUCCAUCGAGGAGUGUUGCCACUCCGCCGAUGGCAGCAGCGGCGGUGCCAUAAAGAUCACGCGGAAGGGAACAAGAAAAAAAGCCGGAGCUUUAGUUGUUUUUUGUUGUUGCCGUGACUUCGUGCUUUCUUGAGAUAUAUUCUGGUCUCUUUUUUCACACAUUUCAUCGAACUUUUGGUUGGCGACGGUGGGAGAGAAAGGGAUGGAAGGCAGCGCGAUGUCGAUGGAAGAGGAAGGGAGCGGGGGAGAGGUCGCCGCGCCAGCUCGCGAGGUCCUCCUCAUCUCCGCCGGCGCGAGCCACUCCGUCGCUCUUCUCUCUGGUAAUGCUAUGUGUUCCUGGGGAAGGGGUGAAGAUGGACAGCUGGGCCAUGGAGAUGCUGAAGACCGACUUUUUCCAACGAUACUGAGUGCGUUGGACAGCCAAGGCAUAGUGUCUGUCACUUGUGGAGCUGAUCAUACAACAGCAUAUUCUCAAUCAGAUGAUCAAGUUUAUAGUUGGGGAUGGGGUGACUUUGGAAGGUUGGGCCAUGGAAACUCUAGUGAUGUAUUCAGUCCGCAGCCAAUUAAGGCACUGCAAGGCUUGAAGAUUAAACAAAUUGCUUGUGGGGAUAGCCACUGUUUGGCUGUGACUAUGGACGGAGAAGUACAAAGUUGGGGUCGGAACCAAAACGGACAACUUGGUCUUGGCACAACAGAGGACUCUCUUAUACCACAAAAGAUUCAAGCAUUUCAGGGUAUAUGUGUCAAAAUGAUUGCUGCGGGUGCUGAACAUACCGCUGCAGUUACAGAAGAUGGUGAUAUCUAUGGUUGGGGUUGGGGUCGUUAUGGAAAUUUGGGUUUGGGUGACCGUAAUGAUCGCUUGAUUCCAGAAAAGGUUGCUUCUAUCAAGGGAGAAAAGAUGGUCCUCGUUGCAUGUGGAUGGCGUCAUACUAUUACUGUCUCAUCCUCUGGGAAUUUGUACACAUAUGGUUGGAGCAAAUAUGGUCAAUUAGGACAUGGAGACUUUGAGGAUCACCUCAGUCCGCAUUGGUUGGAAGCCCUAAAAGAUAGUUGCAUAUCUCAGAUUUCAGGUGGCUGGAGACAUACUAUGGCACUCACAUCUGAUGGAAGACUAUAUGGUUGGGGGUGGAACAAGUUUGGUCAAGUUGGUAUUGGCGAUAAUGAUGAUCACUGUUCUCCAGUACAAGUUAAUUUUCCGGAGGAACAGAAGGUGAAGCAAAUUUCCUGUGGAUGGAGACACACCCUUGCUCUUACAGAAAGAGGAAAUGUUUUCUCUUGGGGCAGGGGCACAAGCGGACAGCUUGGCCAUGGUGAUAUCGUUGACCGGAAUAUUCCCAAGAUGAUAGAGGUGAUAAGCAAGGAUGGAUUAGGCUGCAAGCAGAUAGAAUCCUCUAAAUUUUUACCUUCAUCAGGCAAAAUCUGGGUUUCACCAUCAGAAAGAUACGCCAUUGUUCCCGAUGAGAAUAUUGCAAAGCAUUCGACAAACCCAAUUAAGGGCAAUGGAAGUGAUGCAAACGUACCAGAGAAUGAUGUCAAGAGGAUGCGAGUGUAGCUCUUCACUGUGCCCCAUUGUGCUGAAUAUUAUGCAGAUGUAAAGCACCCUACCUUAUUUUCCUUUCCUUGAAUUCUAGGCGAUCUUAAUUACAAUAAGAUCUUACUAUAUGUCCAUACUUAUCUGUAAAAUCUAGAUCUCUAAUUGCCCUUGUGGCAGUAGCACUCGUUAUGUUCUUGAGAUAAGUCAGAUGAACAGAUCGUGUUUGACCUUUGCUAA